UAAAGUGAGACCUCCCCCCCCCCCCAGGAUAUAUCGACUCGCUUAAUGCCCCAUGCGACCCCUUCCAAAAUUCGCAAUGGAGUGUAAAAAGUGCGUCCCCCGUUGUGCUUUUCCAAGAGUGUGACCUUCCUUCCUCCCAUUUUUUCAUCGCUGUUCGCGUCAGAAAUACAUCUAAAAAAAACUCGCCCACUCUUCCUCCCAAAAAAGAAGUAUCAGUGUUCAAUUCUUAAUCAUACAUUGUGACAAUGAUCUUGCGGGUGGAGGUUCCGAGAGGAAACCCCGGUACUGCUGCAGGCCUCGUCUCCCCGCCACCUCGAAACUCAGCGUGUGGCUGAAGAUGGAGUGAGGGAGACAUCUAUGACGCUUCAAGAUGGCGGUGGGAAGGAGAAGUGCUCCAAGUACGAGGACCUGGGAGACGACAACGUGAUCGACGGCCUCCAGGUCAUUGCCGAGAGGGAGAUGAACUCCUUCCAGAAGCACAUCCCAGGUCUUAAGCGGCACGACGCCAAGACCUCCACCAUCCGACAGCACUACUACCCCGAAGGUGGCUGGGGUUGGCUCAUCUGUGCCUGUGUGUUCGUAGUUCACGUGCUUACUACGGGUCUCCAGUUUUCCUACGGUGUUCUUUACACUGACAUGCUGAACCAUCUGGGUGACGACCGAACUAUGGAUGCCAGUUGGGUGGGGUCCACCAGUUUGGCAGUGUCGAGGCUUUCAGCACCACUUGUGGUGGCACUGUGCCGCAGGAAGAGCACCAGACUCACCGCCGUCAUCGGGGGGCUCAUCAUGGCACUCGCUAUUCUCUUCGCUUCUUUCGCGCUACAGCUUCACCAGAUCUUACUCAGCUACGGUCUAGUCCUGGGUGUGGGCGUCGGUAUGACCAGGGAGACAGCCAACCUCAUGCUGGGUCAGUACUUCAAGAGAAGGCGAGAGUUUGUUGAGAUAAUCGCCCAGUCAGGAUGUGGCAUCGGCAUUACUCUCUUCUCUGUCUUCUUCAAGGAAGCUAUAAGGUCGGUAGGCUGGAGGCUGGGGUUGCAGGCUGUGACAGGUGUGGUCUUCACCACAUUUUUCCUGGGAAUCUUCUACCGUUCAGCCUCUCUCUACCACCCUCAGAGGAGAGCCAUCUUACACCUUAAGAACCAGAAGAGAAAGCAAGUGAAGGACAAGCACAAAGCAGAAUCAGAGAAGCCUCCGUACUUCGACCUGAGUUGCCUCAAGUACCGCACCGUACAGGUGUUACUGAUCACGGCUGCCAUCACCUCUGUAGGCCUCUACACUCCUCUCUUCUACCUGAUCCUGGGCGCCCAGAGAGAGGGACUGGAAGAUUCUGCUCUCAUCCUUCUGCAGACUUUCCUGGGGUUCGCCUACGCGCUGGGCUGCAUCGGCUUUGGUCUCAUCGUCGUUAAACAGAGCGCCCAGUGCAUGAUAUCUCGCCAGUAUCUGUGUCAAUUUUCCAUCUACAGUCUUGGUGUGACUAUGCUGGCGCUGACGGCGGUGCGAGGCUACUAUGGCUACGUUCUCUUCAUGUGGCUUUACGGCCUCUUGUUGGGUGGUGCUCACUACUCCUUCCAGAUGCUGACGCUGGAGAAAGUUCGAGCUAGGCACUUCUCCCGGGCCUGGGGUUUCAUUCAGGGUGCCACGGCUAUCCCUAUCCUUUUUGGCAUCCCCAUUACCGGUUAUAUCAACGAGAACACGCCCAAAACAGGUUACUUCUUCGCCAGCUUCUUUCUUGUGUCUGGUGCUUCGUGCCUCUUCUUCCUCAACUACUUCAAGGAGCGCCUGGCUAAGCAUGACACCAGUGUUUCUUUCACGACGGUCGACUCCCACGUUCCCCACGAACCUUAUGCCUUGCCAGUAGAGAAUGGUGGAGGUGGUGGUGGAGGUGGUGUCAGUGGCAGUGGAAGUGGUGGUGUCAGUGGUGGAGUUGGAUGUGUGCAAAAGACUGGUAUGACAGCGUCUCCCCAGAUUGGUGGUCCGGUGUGUACUUGUGGAGCGGACCCCAGCGCGCCGCCCCCAAUCAAUCCCCAGGUGUAUGACCCCAGCAAAACACAAGUCUUCAAUAAACUGGGCAAAACUAUCUCUUUCGCCAGUUCGGUGGACGUGAUGGAGCCACGCCUCAAGCCAGAGCUCCUAACGUGCAUUUCUGAGGAGGGACUCCUGGACAACUACUAUGACUAUGUGGGCCAGUGUAGCAGUUCUUGUAAAUACGAUAAUGUCUUUUUCAAUGACUGUCAGGACAACAUGGACUUCGAUGCUGAGGACGAGGAUGAAGAGCCCCUGUCGAGGCCGCUUCAACCCAAAGUACCGGUGAACCCAGCGGGAAGACGCUUGCGCCAGACCAGUGGUGUGAGCUUCAGCGAGCCCGAGGGCUUAGCUAGGCUGGGUCAGGUGAGCGGUAGUGGUUGUGUUGGUGUGAGUUCUGCACGUUCGCAGCCUACCCACGACUGCAGUGUGUCCCCGAUGCCACUCCCUCCCAUACUCCGGCGUGUGCCACCUUCUCGCCCUCGGCGAAACAUCACCGUCAUAGAAGAGAUGACGACUUCGGUGUAG